CGAAAUGGCUCCCGCUAAGGAACGCCUCCACAGCCUUCUGCUCCUGUUCAUAGCUUGCAUCCUCAAGCUUAGCACCGCAGUGCCCUGCCUCCCGGAUCAGGCUUCUUCCCUCCUCCAGCUAAAAGCUUCCUUCAUCGGUGACAGUUUACCAUCAUGGCGAGCUGGAACGGAUUGCUGCCACCACUGGGAGGGUGUCACCUGUGACAUGGCCUUGGGAAGAGUCAUUUCCCUUGACCUCGGUGAGUUCGACCUGAUGAGCCGUCGUCUUGAUCCUGCGCUCUUCAACCUCACCUCCCUCAGGAACCUCAGCCUUGCAUUCAAUGACUUCAACGAAGCCUUUCUCCCAGUUUCUGGGUUUGAGCGGCUCACAGAUAUGAUCCACCUCAACCUCUCGUGGGCCCAUUUUGGGUAUCGUAUCCCAAUUGGAAUAGCCUGCCUCAAGAACCUUGUCACCAUUGACUUGUCUGGUAAUUAUCAUCUGUAUUUCGAACGGCCAAAUUUCCAAGACUUCAUGGCAAAUAUGAGCAAUCUGAGGGAGCUUUAUCUUGACCAAAUGGAUUUUCGGGACAGUGCAUCAACUUGGUCCACUGUUUUAGCAGAUUCUGUUCCCCAGCUACAGGUUCUUAGCUUGUUCGGAUGUUUCAUAUCAGGUUCUAUCCACCCUUCAUUCUCAAGGAUUCGCUCACUUACGGCAAUCAACCUCGGAAACAAUUGGGAACUCACCGGCAAAGUCCCCGAGUACUUUUCUGAACUAUCUUCAUUGGCCAUUUUAGACAUAUCAGGAGAUCAAUUUGAAGGGCAGUUUCCAACAAAAAUCUUCGAGCUAAAAAGUUUGACGACAAUUGAUUUGUCUGGUAACCCUAUGCUUUCUGUGAGAUUAAUACACUUCCCCACUGGAAAUAAUUUGGAAACACUAAAUCUAGCAGGGACCAAUUUCUCUUAUGAUAUGCCGUCCUCGUUUGGCAAUCUUGAGUAUGUAAAGACAUUGGGGCUUAACUCGAUGGGCAUUGAUGACAAACUACCCGCUUUGAUAUCUAAGCUUCCAUUAUUGGAUGACCUGCGACUACAACUCAUGGGAUCAGAUUUGGAGAACCCGAUAUUAUCUUGGGUCGGCAAUCUUACCCAACUGACACACCUAAUGCUUGAUGGUUAUGACUUCUCCAAAUCGACUCCCACUUGGAUCGACAAACUGAUAAGACUGCAAAGUUUGAAAAUGCAGGACUGCAGUUUCUCCGUGCCAAUACCGUACCAGAUUGGAAAUCUUACAAAAUUAGAAGAGCUGCAGUUCUGGAGUUGUGACUUCUCUGAGCAGAGAAUGCCAUCAUGGAUAGGCAAUCUUACAAAGUUGACUUCUGUGUACAUUUGUAGUUGCAAUUUCUCUGGGCCAAUACCCUCAACAAUUGGGAACCUAAUACAACUUAAAAAGCUGGUGGUUUGGUCUUCUAACAUAACUGUGUACUCUUCUUCGUAGCCAGAGGUACUGGACAUCGAUCAAGGCGCUGAGGUCCAAGCCACGAUCUCUAAUUUCAAUCCACCGUGGAGUUCUUCCAUCUAGGGAGCACCCACUUCCGCAGCUGACCGAAAGAGAUCUACCAUCUCUCUUAUCUCAGACGUCGUGAAAACUUAAGCGCGGACUUGAUUUUUUCACUUCCUGGCUCAUGGAGGAAGAGAACACUUUCCUUUAAAAUUGGUAGCUGCAUUCCUGAUUCCAAAUGGCAUGUUCUAUUCCUUUCCUCCAGAAAACAUUCCUUCAAUGUCUUCGUCCCCGUUAGCAUUGUGGCUUCUUCAUGUUGCAGCAGUAUUGCAGCUGCAGGCAAGGUUAUACAUCUAUCUCUGUUCAUCUACCCAUGACUUGUGCAUGCUAGCUGAAAACAUCUAAGCCAAUAGAUGCAUGGUAAGUUUUGGUGACUAAUGAUAAUCAUAUAUUGGACUAAUGUAUGUUUGAAGGAUUAAUCAUAUUGAGUUAAGUCACUACAUACCACAAGAAAAAAGAACCGUCAUUUUGCAUGGAAAAAUGUGCCGUUAACUUGGAUAGGAAGAUUAAGGAUCUUUCUCGUAUCAAGUUUCAUGAGAAGAUGAAGAACACUAGGUUUAGUAUCGGUUUUAUAGUUUUACAGUCUUUGACUAUACUAUAAAGGGGUUCUUGAGCUACAAACUUGAUAUAAUGAGCUUGAUCAUUAAAUAGAUGCACAUUGCCUCAAUCCAACACUAUACAUAGGGUGCAAAAGGAUGAAUUUAAAGAAAUUUGAAUUGGAUGAGUUCCAGUAGAAAAAGAAGUAUCAGACGAUCUGAUGGGGAUAUAUUUGUGAGCAGCGGAUUAACUUAAGGCGAAAACUCAAUUGUCUGGUACUAUGACCAGUGGCUACGAAUUAAUGAGCAAUCCUCUGGUGAUCUACUCUGUAGCAUCAAGAAGAUUUUUGGAGAAUAUGCUUUGGCUCCAGAUAAUCUGAUACCUUAUCAAGGUACCAGCAGACUAAGCAGCAGACUAAUGACGCAAGUAGAAGUGGUCAAGUGCUUUUCAACAGCAGUUUGACCGAAUGAUCCGACGCCUUGGACAUAUUACACCCGAUAAUCCAGUGCUUUAUGCUUUUGGGGGGAUUUAUUGGCAAUCUCUAGCCUAUAUAUACCCUCCCCUGGUCAUUUUAGCUGUUUUUUCACAACUUGAACACUUAAGUCAUCAUUGUGCUCCUGAGAAUGAGCAAGAACCAAAGAAGAUAGUAGAGCAUCCACGGUUUGAAGAUUAGAAAUAUCAUUUGUUCUUAGAAGAGUAGCAAAUGUGCAUCUAGCUUGUGAUCAGCUUAUUGUAGGUCCAAUGAGGGCUGAGAACUUGUUAUUACUCCUAGUGGUUGAUAACACCUAGACGAUCUUGGUGAUCCGGUGGAGUCUUGGUGAGCUUUUGAAGAUUGUGGGAGCCAUAAGAAUAUUCUUUUACUCUAUGUGAAGCUCGCUGUUCUGGAUGUGGAGAAGGAACAACAUUGUUAGUGAAGAACUUGAGUCUUCAUGGCUCAAGGGAGUGUGGGUGCUCCAAUAUAUGUGGACUGGGGCUCAUCAAUUUGUAAUACCACAGGAAAAAACUAGUGUCUUCAUUCUCUCAAUCAUCUUUACUUUCCUGCACUUAAUUUGAGCAUUUACUUGAACA